CCUUAGUGGCAUUGGGAACACGGCUCUACUGAAUAUAGCAUAUAAUUUGACUUGUAAACAUAUAUUUAGACCAAAAAUGUCCACGCACCCCAAAUCCACCAUAAAUGAUGGCAUAGGACAGUGACUGAGUAGCAAAUAUUUCAGACUUAAAAGAUAAUGGCCCUUAUAUAAUGGGUGGUUGCUAAUGUUUGGCCUCUUAAUAGAAAUACAAGGUAUUUGAAGGGACAAGGCAUGAAGGGUUAGAGGGGAUUGUCUUACAAACAAAAGGAAGAUAAAAAUCAUGUCGAAAGGAGAUCUUAAAACACGAAAAAGAAUUGCAUCUUUUGCAAUCAACACCCAAAUCCUUAAGAAAGGCAAGUAAUGGUCUCAUUUUUGUUUUUUUCAGCCAUGAAGAAAGGCAUGUGUUUGACCAGACCAGCAUACAAGGGGAAUACAUUUUAAAAACAGCAUCUAUAGAGCAGAUGUUUUCAUGAGUGCUUCUGGGAAAGAUGGCUACAGUAUCUCGAUCACGUGAGAUAAUGGCUCGUCUUGAUUGGUGCAUGCCAAAAGCAGCAUACUAAGGCUGUCGAUAAGCCAAAACAAGGGCUGCGGGUUGCGUGUGUUGUGAAGGGAUUUUGUGGAAUUUUUGCGGCCUUGGCUCUUCAAAUUUUAAUAUAUUACCAAGAAAACACAUCCCUAGGGCUUGUAAACUACUUUGAUAAAGGACAGUCGACAAAAUUUAUUGAAAACAGCGGUAGUUCGACAGGUCACAGGACGCCGAAGGCGCGCUUCUCGGGCUUCAACUUGAAAAUCGUUCGUUGGUUUGACUCGUUUUGCAUCAAGUGGGCUACUUCUAACGGCGUGUGAAGCUCUGGCGUUUACUUUGAGGACUGCUGUUCAGAAAGCAUGCUUUGGACAUGACUAUCGCUUUUUGGACGGCUGAGGUCUGAUUAUCGUGCUAUAAGGCAUAGUAUUGGUAUCGAACUCACAGCCUUGCUAUCGCAGGUGUAACCGAGCCAUGACAAGACUGUUGUCGUUUAAAAAAGCAAACCCUAUGUGUAUUUGUCCAAGGAUCGUCUGAGAAAGUAGGUUUGAUAACGUGGACAGAGGUGACAGAAGUUCUAAAGUGACUUCCUUAUGCACUCGAUGUAAUCUCAAUUUUGUUUGUCAUUGAAAAUUUCCAGCCAGCGGUAGAAAUCGCGACGCUGGCGGUGCAACCUUUCGUCUUGAUAGCUUUCGACGCGCGCCGUUUACGGUCUCUCCGUUUGGAACUUUUGUUAGGAGACAAAAGCGUGUGGAUUACAAAUAAUGAUAAUACGGAACUGGAGCGGAGGAAAAAGUAACACUUCUAUCUGAUAAGCGACACCAAACUUCCUCCCGGCUGAAAGCUUGGGAACAGAAAUUCAGCAAUGACCGGUUAACUUGUGCUGUUGGAACAACUGUUUAUGUUUAUCGAAACUCGACGCUUCCGUGAACGAGGAAAAGUGUUGUUUAUAUGAGUACCAAGGACGGGGCUAGCAAUUCCCGUCAGUGGAGUAUAGAAUCAGGCCUAACACAGGCCAUUCGGCCUGUCUUAGUAUGUACAACUGACAAGAAGAUUGCAACAAAGUCGGCCUCAGAUCAGUUAUCUGUUCCACAAACAACAGAGUCCAAAAUGGCUAAGAUGAGAAAAAAGAUACAGUCUCCUCUAGUGAAAAGAAAAGGCCCUCAAGGCAGUGUCGGCAGUCAAGUCAAUACUGGUAACAAGCAGUUUGGUGUGCCGCUGGAGGAGGUGACAAAGAGCAGAGAUGGCUCACCCAUACCUUGGGUGCUGGCCAAGAUUGUGCAUUAUCUGUCACAAUGCGGUUUAAAACAUGAGGGAAUUUUCAGAGUCAGUGGAAAUCACAAAGUUGUUGAGAGCUUGAAAGCUACUUUUGAUAGAGAUGGUGAUGCUGAUCUUGAGGAAUGUGAUGUCAUGGCUGUUGCCGGUCUUCUCAAGCUUUUCCUGAGAGAGCUGCCAGAGCCCCCUGUCCCCCAGUCCCUCACCGCUGACUUUAUCAAAGUCCAUGAAGUUUAUGGUGAUGAUAAUCCUGACUGCUUGGAUGAGCUUAGAGCACUUCUUGACAAACUUCCAUAUCUCAACUAUGAGCUUUUAAAAUUUCUGUGCCAUUUCCUUGUGGAAGUCUCAAUGAACGAAGAAAAUAACAAAAUGAGCACCAUGGCUCUAGCGAUUGUUUUUGGACCAAAUUUCUUUAGAUGUAAAGAUGGUCUUGAUGGACUGCGGGAACAGGGCCACACUAAUUCUAUAGUGUGCAUGUUCCUAAAAGAAUAUGAUCAACUUUUUAAGGAUGAAGGUGAUGAGAUAUCCCCAUAUGCCACAACAACAUUAUUUAUAAAUGAUCACACAAGUGAUGAGCCCGAAUCUCCAGAUCAUAAUACACUCAACAAAGUUCAACAAAUAAUUCAUGAAAGCUCUACAAGUGAUGAGGAAAACACAAAGUCUAAUGUGGCUGCUGGUGCAGACCAGCCAAUAUAUGCUGCCGUCAAGAAACCUAAAAAGAACUUACGACCAAACCAAGGGGUGUCAUCAUCAUCUGAAGAGCUUGACGUAUAUGUCAGGUCAGUCUCACCAUCCUGGACAAGCGGCAGCUGUAGCAAUGGCCAUCCUCCAGGAACAAGUCAAACAGUACUCCCAAGCCCGCGACACGGCUCUGCUGGCAGAGAUGUUGUUCAGAUGGCUAUUAAUGACAGUAUCAAAGAGCAUUUAUUCGGACCUGAUGGAGUAUCAACAGAUGAGACAGAACCAAGUGAUUUGUCACGGCAUCAUUCUUCUGAAUCCUUGGAUGAUGGGCAGGCACCUCCACUUCCAUCCAGGAAUUACGGGGAAGAGGAAGUCAGCAAACAACGAAGAAAACGUAGGAAAAAUGUCCGAAAUUCAAAAGAGGAGAAUGGCCAGUUAGAAGGUGAGGAGCCAAUGAAACAACAAGAGGAUAAAGACACUAGCUCAGGAACUACCUCAACUGAACGGCCAGAGAGGCCUAAUAGACCUAAGAAGAAAAAUAAACCCAAGCCUCUGAACUUUGACGAGCACAACCUUGUCAUUACUGUGGACAAAAAUAGCAACACUGUAAUAAAAACUGUGCCGCGAUCACCUCAAGAGAAAGCAGAAGAGGAGGAAAGAAAGCACAAGAUAGCAGUACGAAUUGUAGACGAUGAUGAAGACGCUGAUGUUGAUAGUGAUGAAGGCCUCUCUAGGGUCAGCAGAAAUUCUGACAUUCUGUCCCCGCUUACUUUGAAUCGAGCCCCACCUCCAAAAAACCGAAGACGUCCAAGUUUGAAAAAGAGUCCUUCUGGAGAUGAUGCUGACAACCUCAACGAGAUUGAAAGAGAUCUCCUACUUGAGGUGAACAUCCCCGACAAGUUUGUACACCCUCUGGUGGAAGAAGCCAAGAGCCGUGACCCAGUGGCCACUCCUCCUCCUCGCUCGCCCAGAUCACCAAAGGUCACCAUGUCUCCCCCACCCUCCCCUGGCAGGCAUGCAACUGUUGAUGAAUUGGACUGCGGACAUAACCCUGUUAGAGAGCUAACCAAGCAAUACAAACAGCAUCACCGUGCAUCCCCGUUGGUCCCUCCCUUGGAGCUCUACAAACUUCAGCAGGGUGACAUAGGUGCGGUGCAUUGCAUUAAUCGCUACGAAAAUGAUCAUGUUCAACGGUCUCCAAGGGAAAAAUAUGAUGGUCUUGGUAGCGAAGAAGCGCUCCUUUCCCCUCGUACACGACCACUCAUGAUAGACACCAAGAGGUCAGCAGCCGGCAACCACACCAGCUGCCCUGAAUGCCCCCCUUCUCCUCCUCAUGAGCAACUGGAUCAUUACUGGUACGAGAGAAGAGUGGAGACUUCGCCCAAAGGAGAAAUCACGAUAAAGCAACUUGCCAAGAACAUCCAUCAGUUAAAGAAACGGAUUCGAGAAUUUGAAGAGUCGUUUGAGACCGAGCAUGGCUACAAGCCAUCACAGGCCGACAAGGCUCCCAUCAAAAGGCAGGUCGCUGAGCUUACCCGCUGUCGAAAACAGCUGAAAGAAAUGAGAGAGAAAGCUAAAGAAGAAUCUGAAAGGCUGAACGAGACAGCUCCUCCAGCCAGUGAUGUUCCGGACACAGACGAGCCUUUGUUGACGACGUCGCCUGCAUCUGUCCAACAAUCCUUGAAUAACAUCCUCCGAAAGCUGCAGGACAAGAGGAGAGCAACCGGGAGACCGGAAGAAUUGAAGUCGAUGUCGUUGGAGAUGCUUCAUGACGAAAAACUGGCUGUACAGAAAGCCCUUCUUCAGCAUGAAAGUGUAUUCGGCAGACCCACGUCCAAAAAAGACAAGGACAUCAUGCGACCGCUGUACGAUAGAUAUCGCAUGAUCAAGCGCAAUCUGGCAAUUCACCAGUCGGCAGCAUCGGAUGGUGACCCAAGUCCGGGCUCAUCAAAACAUAGCAGCCGGGAAGAGUUGGAUUCUAUCAACGACGAAGAUGCAAACAGUAGUGAAGAUUUAUUUUCAUCAGGACUUCUUAAGACGCUCGAGUCAUCUGCGUUUAAGAAGACUCUUUCGCCGUCGACUAAAAGGAGAUCUCGGUUGUCCGAUACCCUCGAAGACGACGACGACCCACUAGAAGACACCGUUACUGUGCUCAAGGAGCACGACACUCAGCUACACCGCUUGUCACAGGAUGAGUUAGAAAAACAAGUUGAAUGCGCAAAACGAGAGAAGAAACGUCUUCGAAAGAAAUUAAAGAAGUUCGAAGACGACUUCUUCGAGCGAACUGGACGGCGCAUUCAGAGAGACGACAGAGGCGAAAUGGAAAAAGAUUAUCAUGAUUACAAGCAACUCAAAGCGCGGUUGAGAUUAUUAGAUGCGCUACUUACAAAGAGACAAGCUAGCCAAACAAUAUAGAUGUGUACAGCUAUACAUACAUAGCAUAUAUUAAAUUGCUGGAUUAAAAGCCAUGUUUUGUACAA